GCUUUCAUCCACUCCUACCACAGCCACGGAGCCAGCCUCCACUUCCUCCAGAAACACGAGCCCUCUAUCUAGUAUCCCCACUCCCAACACCACUUCUGUCCCUUCUCCUCCGACCAGCACUCCUACCAGGUCCACGACAGACAUCACCACUCCCACGGACACUGCAGCUCCCACCUCGACCACAACCCCUCUGUCCCCGCCCACCACUACAGAAUCCACCCAGGCUGCUAGCACACACUUGAUGACCACAAUCACCCCCACAACAGUCCAUAACACUGUGAUCCUCACCUCUUCAACCACCUACUCCACCACGGGCACAGCCACAUCUGCAUUCACUGCAUCCCUCCCUGUCUCCACCAUUGUGCAGACAUCCACGACUGUACCUCCAUCCUCUGUCAGUACAGAAGCAUCUACCCUGACACCAGCCACCACCUCGUCCACAUCCACGAAUCCCGUUGGUUCCUCAACCUUCAAGCCCGACCUCAGCUCCACCCUUGUGCUGUCUAGCUCCUCCCUCCCCACCACAGAUAUCAUCCCAUCUUCCCCCACUACCCAUAAUACAGGCACAACCUCUAACAUCAUCACAACCUUAGCCACUAGGCCUAGUGGCACAUCCAUGUUCCCUUCCACCCAAAGUACAGCAACUCCCUUCCUCUCUACCAGCAUUUCAGCUGCAUCUUUAGGCCCUUCUUUCGUGCCUACUAGCAGUACCUGGACCACUCAGGCAGACAGUACCACCUCAUCUGCCUUGAGCACGUCUAAUUCAAUGCAGGAAACGGCUGAAACCACUUUGGCACCCACCACCACUGAUACAUACACAUAUCAGUCCAGUUCCAUGGGACUGUCCUCCACUGCAGCUUCUACACAAACAGCCAAGACGAGAGACACAACCCUGCUUGCUUCAUCUACUUUGAGAAGCACAGUUACUCCUAUUGGUACCGUUUCUGUAGAGUCUCUCACAACAGAUAUUACUUCUCUUUCUCCAAUCACAACCUCAGUCACUCAAACAAGUACAGUCCAUGUUCAGACAUCUCCAGUCUCUACUCCAGUGACCAGUAGUACCUUGACAGCAUCCAGUUUGCCUGUAUCAUUUCCAUCUUUCCCAACCACAGAGCCAGUACCCACCGAAACCACAGACACCACCCCUCUGUUUACCCUACCCACAAUCCCUGCCACCCAGGCCACAUCCACCCCUUCACCUCUGACUGGGACGUUUACCACAACCAGAACUGAAGUCCCCACUCCCACAUAUACGUCUCCCCCUGCCACCUUGAUCACAGCAUCUCUUAGCACUCCCUCAACCACAGAAGUUGUUAAGACUGGGACCUCAAACAUGGUAACACCACCCACCUCCAUAACAGCUCUCAGUACUUCAGGUGUUUCUCCCUCUUCAGCUUUCCCUAUAUUGAGUACUUCUACUAAUGCAAUAAGUACCCCUUUUGGUACCAUCAUCUCCUCUUCAAUACCUGCGAUAACAAUAUCAUCUCUAUCUUCUACCAGCCCAAGUUCAGAGACCUCCACGACAAGUAGUUCUUUUUCUACCUCCUCUCAAGCGUCCAGCACAGAAAUCACAGGCCCUUCCUCUAUCACUACCUUUCCUACUUUUUCAUCAACUGAAACGACAAGAACUUCCCCCACCAUGACUUCCCUCAUAACCUCUCCCACCCGAACGACCACCAUGCUGACUCUGUCUUCCACCACCCCAUGUCCAGAAUCCAUAUCAGUUACAAUAGUGUCUGCUUCUCCCACUACACCAUGUAUAGAAGUGGGUCCAGACACCGACGUUACCUCUACACCCACCGUCCCAUUGUCAGUUUUUACCUCUACUACUGAGAUGGCCACCUCUCCCAGUUCCACAACCAUGACAACUCUCUUCCCUGUAAAACCGGACACUUCCACUUCCUUUCUGGAAACUCACCCCACCAACCAGACCGCUGCUCCUGGUUCUAUCAGCACUGGAACCACUCCCAUUAGCACGGUUUUCCCGAGCACACAAAGAUCCACCACUGGGACCUGGAUCAGCACCAGCUUUGUAACUACCCCACGUGUAACAGGCUUCACUACCCUCCCACCGACCGUGAAGCCAAGUAGCAGCUCUUCAUCUUCCAUCGUGACUACAAGCAAGUUGACAGCCCCCAGCCCAACCAUCGGCAGUACUUCAGGUAUACCGGCGGGCACCACCAAGACUCUCUCCACCGUUACGUCAUCCAGGACAACUUCAACCACAACCCAGACGACCACACAGUCCAGGCAGACCACCACCCCAGGUUUGUCCCAUGACCAAGGUCAGUCCUGGCCUGAACUUCCCCUUUUUGCUUGCUACCCAGAAUGUGACAAUGGUGGCACCUGGACACAGGAUCACUGCUCCUGCCUUAGCACCUUCAGUGGUCCCAAAUGCCAGUUUGCUGUGGAAGAGAUAAAUAUGGACAAGGUGGACGCUGAAGUGGGCAUGGAGGUGUCUGUCAACCAGGAGUUCUCCCCGGACCUCAAUGACAACAGUUCUAAGGUCUACAAGGAUUUCACGAAAGCCUUCCAGGAUCAGAUAAAGAAGAUUUACCAAAACGUGCAGGGAUUCAAGGAGGUGCAGAUCCUUUCUCUGAGGAAUGGCAGCAUCGUGGUGGAAUAUCUAGUCCUGCUGGAGUUACCCUUCAGCACCCAGCUGGAGAAGGAGUAUGAGAAGGUGAAGGUGGCCUUGAAGGAGGAGCUCCAGAAUGUCAGCCAGGAUGGGGACAACUGCCAGAAUGACCAGGUCCUGUGUUUUAAGCCUGACUCCAUCAAGGUGAACAACGCCACCAGGAUGGAGCUGUCACCGGAAGCUAUCUGUCGCCGCGCUGCUGCCAAAGGUUACGAGGAUUUCUACUUCCCUUUCCUGGAGGAGAACCAGCUCCGCUGUGUCACCAAUUGCACGGCCGGCGUGGAAGGCGCCAUUGACUGCCAUCAGGGCCAAUGCGUUCUGCCGAAGAGUGGUCCUUCUUGCCGCUGCUUCUCCACGGACACGCACUGGUUCUCGGGCCCGCGCUGCGAGGUGGCUAUCUCCUGGAAGGCGCUGGUUGGGGGCCUGGCGGGAGCCGGGGCCCUGCUUCUGUUGCUGCUGUUGGUGGCGCUGAGCGUGUUCGUCGUGCGCUCCCGGAGGAGGGACAGGCAAGGCCAAGGCAGGGACGACAGGAAGUGGUUCGAGACCUGGGAUGAGAACACUGCGGGGACUUUUUCUAACUCGGGCUUCGAAGAUGACAUUAACGAAGAAAACUUCCCUGUGGCCUUGGACACCGUGGACACCAAUGCCACGGUGAGGGGUCGGGGAUGGGUUGAUGGUAAGGAGCUGUCACAGGUCCAGCUCCUGAUGCCCCUCUCCCAGGGCAGGGGGCUCACUGGGCCAGGAGGCAGUGACCUCUUAGCCAGGCCCCUGAAGGGUGAUUCCCUGUUCUCACUCCCCGUCUUGUGAAUUCUAUGGCAGGUGCAUAUUGACAGACCUGAAGUGGCCUUCUCCUCACUGUGAGCCCACACUGCCCUCUCCACCUGCCCGGACAGCGGAGAGAACCAUCUGCACUGCCUUUGGAGAGAUGGCUGCAGGCUUUUGUGGCUCAGUCUUCUGGUUUCCUAGGGCAUAACAGACCUCCAUCUACCCUCAUCCCCCAGCUUAGGUGAAAUCUACCUGGAGACCCAGUUCAAAUCCACACUCUUCCACUGUGGGACCUUGGGCAAAUCAAUAACUUCUCCAACCUUUGGUUUUGUCAUCUGUAAAGUGCAAGUGGCCCACUCCUCCUGACGCCUCCUGUGGGUUUCAGUGAAACCAGGUGUCCUGGGUCCAACCUCUGUCCAAUGCACCUUCCUGUUGGCCUUCACCUCAUAUGGCUUCACUCACAUCCCCCGUCCCCAUGUCCUUCCCCGAGGCUCGCGCCUCUGUCUCUCCUUUUCCUGUGUGCACCCCUACUGCCAGCCAGGUCCUCCCCCGGUACCUGUAAGCAGCCUGCAGCCUGUCCCAGCCUCUUACCCUGUCCUCCUGUAACUCCCUGCUGCGCCCCUCCACCACUUCUUAACCCUCUCCCCUCUGAACCCACUUCUUCUUAAGUCCCUCCUCCCCCACACUCCCGCCCUGUGUCUCCCUGUUUCCAUACCUUCCCCUUCCUCAUCUUUCUACCUUCAACCCUAAAUCCCCCCUGCCCCCUACAUCUCCGUGCCCUACUCCUAAAUCCUCACUCCUCCCCACCUCCCCUCCCUAGGUAGGUACAGAUGCCCUCUGCAUCUUAGGACCCCCAACUGGUGUUCCCUAGGCCAGGUCCCCCAUUCUGAGUCCCCAUCCUUCCUGUCACCCCUAAGGGCCCUGGAUCCCGGUGGGUGGGGGGUGGCAGGCAGGUUCCCAGGUCCCUGAAGAUGAGGGGAAGAGGGGCCCUGAGGUGGGAAAGCUCCCUCAGCCGCUCCUCCCUGUUCCCCUAACUCUCCCUCCUCUCCCUUA